GAUUCACAAUGAAGACCACACUCGCCACCAUCGCUCUACUGGUUCUGGUUCUGGGCUGGACCUCUGAGGCCAUACAGGUCCAGGAGAACGGAUUGUCCUUCUCUUUAGAGGCCGUCAAAAGGCUGCAGGAGAUGUUCGAGAGCCGCGGUACGGUGCAGCAGAACCCCCGCUCCAGGUCCAGCUCCUCUUCCAUGUGCGAGGACCCCAUGCUCCCACAGGAGCUCCUGCCCCUCUGCAAACAAAGGGGAGCGUCAGCAUCGCUUGCCAGACUAGCCAUGGUGCCUAUGGACGUCUGUGAGAUCUGCGCCUUUGCCGCCUGCACCGGAUGCUAAGCUAUCAAAGCAAAC